GAUGUUCACGGAAUUGGUGCUAAAAUUCGUAUUUAUCGUCUCAGUGGGAAUGAGUUGGUAUAUAUGGCAUUAUGCUUAGGAAUUAAGUUAGUGAUUGAACACCUUUACAAUGGCUCGAUUGGCAGUGAUUUGUGUGGCUUUGCUGGUCUGUUUGGGUGGAGUAUAUUCAGCUCCUCAAUUCGGCGGAUCAUUCAGCCAAGCGAACGCCCAGGCUGGCGCAUUCGGCGCCGUCCCCUACAGCUCCGGCUUCCAAGGCCCCUUCGGACCCCCCGGACCCCCCGGCUACGGAGCCGGCUUCGGCGGCCCGGGCUUUGGCAGAAGAUUCGGGAACAGAGGGAACACUAAUAUAAGCAUAUCGAAGAGUAUCAGUAUCAGCAGAGGAGGCGGCGGCGGCGGAGCACAGUCUAGUGCGCAAUCUAGUGCGGGUUCCGGUGGGUUUGGGAAAUAAU